AUGACGCGAGCUCAAGAAGAUUUGGCGGAAUACGGAUCACUACUCAAUAAACUUCCUACGGCGCUGCUACAGGAGGUUUUGUCGCAUCUCUCACAGCAGGACCGCGUAAAUGCCUGCUUGGUGAACCGCAAAUUCAAUGAAAUCGCCACGAAGUUGGUGUACCGCAGGAUAUACCUUAACGAUUCGAACGUUGUUCGAAGCGACAUCAUGAACGUCGCAGUCAACUGGACUCUACUGUACGUCCCUAACCGGCUGCCGGAAGAAAGCGCACGGAGUGUUGCGAACCGGAAGCUGAGGAUACUGAUCAGGACGCUGCGAUCGAGCAAACGCGCUGUGAACUGUGUGGAGUGGGUUCGCAUAAACUGGGACCUAAAUCCCCUAUACCAGAAGAAUUUGUUGUCAAUCGUGUGCAAUGAAAGUGCGUCUCUGUUGAGACUAGAGAAUGUCACGGAUCCUUCUUGUAACGACAUUAUCGCCAAUGGGCGCGUGUCGAGCACAAAGCUAACAAGCUUUGAUAUGGCGCCUCCGAGCCCGAACGCGGGCUCCGAAGUUGAACCUGCAUACAUUCCGAACUUGAAGAAAUACCUCACGCAGCGCAUUUCAUCACAUAUCACAUUCAUGAACCUGUUCAUGGACCCUCUUGUAUUGUUCACGUAUCUUUACCCAUUGAGGGACAAGCUGCAGGUGGUGGAUCUCAAGUUGCACUGGAGAAUAGAGUUUUUUCCCCAGGAGCACUUUGUGCAUAAAAUAUCCGAGCGGCCGCUCACCCAGCUUUCUGAUGUCUUUGACCCUAGGUCCUUGAAAGUCCUUACCAUAGUAUCAUGGCAUGAAUGUCUUCUCCCUAAUGAGCUAAGUAUGAUCAAACAGCUCAAAGAAUUCACCAGUAUUGAAGACCUGUCGUUGAUAUCAAUCGAACAAGAGAGCUUGCCUUUGAUAGGCCUCUUUAGCAGUCUUACGGGGCUUAAAAGGCUCAAAACUGAUUUCAUCGAAGAGCUGUCUCCCCAGUCCACUAGACCAGAGCUAUUCCUUACCAUAUUACACAAUUGCAGGGAUCUUGAGUUCCUAGACAUGAGGUUUGAGGGUCUAGAUGCGCCUAUAAUAAACGUUGAAAACGGAGAGUUCCAAAUCUCUCAAAAAUGCCACUGCAGCCGUUGCAUGCACGUUUUCGACUCAAUUAUUCGCCAAAAGCUGUUUCUCUUCCCAGAAGAUUAUCUUGUAGCAGGAAUUCAAGACGUCACAACUAAGGACAUUUUCAGAAUGAUGAGGUUUAAUUGCUUACUGCCAUACUCGAAGGCGUGUGACUACUACCCUAGUGUUAGGACUUACCCCAUGGACAUAGAGAGCUUCGUUCUACUUAUGAAUAGCAGCUUAAGGCUUUACAGAGCUAGCCGUUGCCAGCUCAUCAGAGACCCAGUGGUGCCUUUAGACACAGGCGAUCUGGUAGACAGCGAAGACGACGACGAGGACACAAACAUGAUUCUGCCCCAUAAACCGCUAACGAAGCAAGACGUAUUAGACUGUUAUCACGCGCUUAUCCACCAUCAAAGGCGCACAUACAUUGCCCUCUUGAGUCAAUUUCCAAAGCUGCGGUUUCUGGUUCUGAAUGAUGUCGCCACGGUUGUGAUAAAUGAGGACGACGAGAGGAUAUUACAGCCAGUAUUUUACAAUAAUGGGUUUGUUUCGAAUCUUAAAGGAUGGACUGAUAAUGGCAAAAGCCAAAGAGAUUCUAGGGUAUUCAUGGAAAAGUCGGCGCUCUAUGAAAGUAUGAAGAGGCUUGAAGUAUAA